CAUCCCAACCUUCGCUCGGCUUUCCCAAGUCGAUUGCCGGCCGCCUCGAUGGCCCGAAGUCGGUCGCCCUACUCCUCGCCCUUGGGCUCUGGCAAUCCUACGCGCUCGGGUGGCUCGAAGACCUGGGCAGCGUGCAGCGCCCCAUCCUCAUCGCCGGCUCUCUCGCGGCAGCCCUCGCCGUGGCUCAGCUCAUGAAGCCUGACCCAUUGGCCGACGUCCCUGGACCCCUCCUCGCUCGCUGGACACCAUUGUGGCUGGGUUACUACGCGCGUAUCGGUCAACGGUUUACAGCUGUCCAUAAGCUACACAUGGAAUACGGACCCAUCGUGCGGAUAGCGCCCAACCAUAUCUCAGUCGCGGACAAGGACGCGUUGGACCUUGUGUACGCCCAGGGCUCCAAUGCUUUCGACAAGUCGACGUUCUACCACGCCUUCGUCUCCGACAAGGCCUCCGUCUUCUCCACCACCGACCGUCACGACCAUGCCCAAAAGCGUCGCCUUGUGUCCAACAUCUUCGCUGCCAAGUCGCUCCAAGACUGCACGCCAUUCAUCCGCGAUAUCGUCGACUCGUUCGUUGUUCAGCUGGAUAGACUCGCUGCGAAGAACGAGGAGCUCAACUUGCUCUACUGGUUCCACUUCCUCGCCUUUGACGUCCUUUCCGACCUCGCCUUUGGCCAACGUAUCGGUAUGGUGGAGAAGGGUUCUGAUGCUGUGACGGUUCAGAAGCGGGAUGGUUCCGUUUCUACUGAGAAUGCUAUUGCACUGGUCGACGAGCGUGAACACCUCGGCGCUGUCCUUGGCGUCCAUCCUUCGUUCAAGUUCUGGUCCAAGUUCCUCCCUGACCCUUUCUUCAUCCAAGGUCGCAAGUCUUCCGAUGGUCUCGUGGACUUCGCCCGUCGCCAGGUCAGCAGGCGCAUCGAUAACCGCCUCCAGCGCAAUGAUAUCCUCGACAAGCUCAUUCGGGCACGCGUCGCCGAUGACCAGGAAAUUGUGGGCGAGAACUUUGCCGACUUGGUCGCGGAAACCGUCACGCUCCUCAUCGCCGGGUCGGACACCACGUCAAACUCGGAGACAGCCAUCAUGCACCUUCUGUUUACCAACCCGCGCGUGUACAACAAGCUCAUCGGCAUCUUGGAAGAGGCCGUGGACGAGGAGCUGCCGACGGCCGACCACGUCAGAGAUAUUCCGUACUUGGACGCUGUCAUCAAUGAAGGACUUCGUUAUCAUGCUACGACAGCGAUAGGUCUCCACAGGGCCGUGCACGAGAAGGGCGCUAUGUUCGGCGGCAAGUACUUCCCUCCUGGUACUGAGAUGUCUGUUCCUGCCUGGACGAUCCAGCAUGAUCCUGAAAUCUGGGGUGAUCCGGAGGUCUUCCGGCCUGAGCGUUGGAUUGAGAACCCCGACCUCAAGAAGUACCUCAUGACUUUCGGGAAGGGACCUCGUGCAUGCCUUGGCAGACAUCUGGCUUACAUGGAGAUGCGACUCGUGCUCUCGACUGUGCUCCUCCGGUACGACCUCCAGCUCAAGUCACAGGUAAUGGAAACAACCGAAGGCUUCAUGCACAAGCCCAACGAAAUGUUCGUCCGCCUGAGCCGCCGCGAGCGCAAGGGUGCUGCGGUGCAGGCACAGGCACAGGCUUGAGCGGGUCCUGUAUUGGUUGUAUCUAUCUGCUGUCUUUUCUAUCUUAUCAUAGCUUCGCAUCCAUACCUGUCGCACACAUGUAAUUUAUACCUGCACAUUUUUUAGAAGUAGAUCAUCUUUAUACAUUGGGAACAUUAGAUCUAUAAAACAGCGCCAGCGCCCACAUGCGGGCCAUGCCGAACCACGUUCCGCUAGUUCUGAGAUGUCACCUUACAUUCUUACAGACUUUGACAUCAGAAGAUCACCGGAGAAGGGCG